CCACUGAAAAAACAGGCGCCCCACCGAGCAGCGACCCUCGCCCGCGUCGAUCGCCUUGUAGCGCCGCUGCCUCCUUGCCCGCGUGCGCCUUCCCAUCGCCGUGAUGUCCAAGGUCGACGCGCUGGGCUCGAAGCCGCACUCGGAUGAGUCGGUCAUCGACAGGCUCCCCUUUCUAUCUCCCCGCGAGCAUACGAUCGGCGCGCAUGGCCCUUCACAAGGCCAGGAUGGGGAGGAUGUGCUCAACGGCGUGGCGUGCAAGGCUAGGACAAGAAGGCAGCGCACGGCCACAUGGCUCGCCGACCCUCUUCUGCGGCAGCCGGGGCGGACAUCAUGCUGGAGGGGCAUAGGGAUGGACGGGUGGCCUGGUAGGAGUGGUCGCCGUGCUAGCGGAUGGGGCACGGCGACGGCCGAUGCAGGGUUGAUCGGCGUAGUUGUGGCGCCACGGUGGGCAGGGCGGGUUGGCGGGCAGGCAGACGGCGAAUCGUGCGGCCAAGAAACGGUGUGGCCUGCGGUUGGAGAGAGAAGGAAUGAAAGUGAGAGGAAAGGGGCAAUUCUCUUUGUAACGGGGAGAGUGAUGGGGAUAAAGGUAAUUGACAAAAAUAAAUAGAAAAAAGGAAUGAAAAGGGAAUGUGCUGAAGUUCUGCGAUGGAAAAAAGGAAAAAUGUUAAAAGAUAUGCUGGAGAUGCUCUGGUUGUUACGGAGCUGGCAUGCCGCCAAUGACGACCGGACCUGGUAGUCAAAGUCGCCGAAGUCCACCGCGCCACUUGCUACCCUACACCUCCCGCGGUGGCAAUCAGCAAUUUUUUGUUUCAGCUCCAUAUGACCAAAUGCUCCGAUCCAAUCUUUACAAUAAUCUCCGUCAUCACCGUCGUCACCAGCCGCUCCACCAUGAACAAUCCCUCGCUCCUCUCCCUCCUCCUCGUCUUCCUCCUGGCCGUGUCCCUGCCUCCCGCCGCCGCCGACGUGGCGUUGCGCCUCGUCAGCGUCAGCGUCGGGACCACGUCGUCGCAUGUUGAGUGCCUCCAUGGAAUCGUCUACGCGGCUAACAGCACCUUCGAAGCCAACCGCCGCCGCGUCGCCGGCCUCCUCCAGGCCGAGGCAGCCGCCCGCGGCCCUUACUACACGAAGCGCGCCGUCGGUUACUGGCCUUUCCGCGCAGAGGCCUCCUUCUUCUGCAGGCGCCGCGGCGUUGACGGCACCGGCUUCUGCGCCGCCUGCCUCGCCGGUGCCUUGCUCGAGUUGGAGAGAGAGUGCCCGUACCACAAGGAGGCCUCCUUUUACGGUCGCAACUGCACGCUCGAACUUGGCGAGUACCGAGUCUUCGGGACUGCUGUCGUCUACGAAGGAAACAUACUGAAACAAGCCAUGGCUUCGGGAUUAAUAUUUCAAGCAAUUGGAUUUGCUUGGCUUUUCUUCUUGCUACUGCAGGAAUGGCGCAGCCGGAAAAGAGGCACUAUGAUGCAUUCCACCUCUCUCUUAUCUGGAGAUUAAAAUGUUUGCAAUUCGGACGAUGCUUCUGAGCUUCACUUUGAUCAUAGGACUUCUGUCAGGCAAAUAAUGAAUGGAUACGGCCAUACGUACGGGAUACCUUCUGUCCAGAUCGUAGGGCUUCACUUUGCUCAUUUUAAAUUAGCUCCAAUGUUGAUGCGACCUACUCUGCAGUCUUCAUCGAACUUCCAUUCCCACUAUCAUUACCUUAAAUUAUGAAUGCGAAUACGAAAUCCAGCUUGCACUGAAUCAUCAUUUAAACUCUUACGGCUUGUUUCAGUGGGUUCAUUGAUAUAUCAUACAUCACAAUGUGCUCGACUGGUCGACUACUUUUACUUCAUAUUCUCCCAUGGAAGAAGAAUGCAUGGAAAACUGAUGUCCACUCUGACCUGUACAUGGAAGAAUAAUAACUAUACAUUUUUCCUCUUCUCCUUUGUUUGAAUCAGGGUUUAGUUGUGU